CGACACAAGCUUGCACAUUGAUGGGCUGAGUGAUGAGUCUGACUCAAGGUCGGAAAAAAGUGUGGCCUCUUCCAGUAACAUUGUGAGGAGGAAAGGGGUAAAGAUCAAGAAAUUUUUUGGCAAGACGGUCAACAAGAUGAAGUCUGCAGCUGAUCAAGCUCUGCACAGUGAUCAGGUGCCAGUGGAGGAAGAGGUGUCUGUUGAUGGGAAAGUGUUCAAGAUUAAGUCAUCCAGCAAGAAUAAAGGGCCUUAUGACUUCUCUCAGCCAAACAUACUGCAGGAGCUGAGUGGGGAUCACAAUGGAGCAAUAUGGACUAUGAAGUUUUCGCCCUGUGGGAAGCUCUUGGCCACUGGAGGUCAAGACAGUGUUUUACGCAUCUGGGUACUGAAGUCCACCUACAGUUACUUUGAAGAUUUUCGUCAGAAAUAUUCAGAUGUGCGACUCUCUCCAGCUGAAUCUCAUGAGAGCUUGAACUCUGCUUCAUCCUCGGAUUUGUCUGCUGCUGCCAUGGAUCCCUUGAAAGAACUGAAUGCUCACAAAGAAGAAGACGAAGUCAGUGCUCCCUUCAGGCGAAGACCGUUCUGUGUGUACAAGGGGCACACAGCAGAUUUGCUUGACCUCAGCUGGUCAAAGAACUACUUCAUCUUAUCGUCGUCCAUGGAUAAAACGGUGCGACUGUGGCACAUCUCUCGCCGUGAGUGCCUCUGUACUUUCCAGCACAUAGACUUUGUCACUGCCAUAGUGUUCCAUCCAAAGGAUGAUCGCUACUUUCUCAGCGGGUCUUUGGAUGGCAAGCUAAGGUUAUGGAACAUUCCAGACAAGAAAGUGACCUUGUGGAAUGAGCUGUCCGGCAAUUCCAACCUCAUCACAACGGCAAACUUCUGCUACAAUGGCCGACUGGCGGUUGUAGGUACUUAUGACGGGAAGUGUAUCUUCUACACAACAGAGCAACUGAAGUACUACACCAUGGUCAACGUGCGGUCGUCCAGAGGGAAAAAUUCUAAAGGGAGAAAAAUUACUGGCAUUGAGGCAAUGCCCGGGGAAGAGAAGAUUCUAGUCACGUCAAAUGAUUCCCGCAUCCGCCUAUACAACCUGCGUGACCUGACGCUGUCCUGCAAGUACAAGGGCUGCAUGAACAACAGCAGCCAGAUCCGGGCCAGCUUUAGCCCCACUGGAAAGUACGUCAUCUGUGGCUCUGAGGAUCACUUCUUGUACGUUUGGAAGACGAACCAUGAGUUUAUCAAGUUCACCUCAGCUCGCCGGGACAGGAAUGACUACUGGGAAGCAAUAAAAGUUCACAACGCUGUGGUCACAUCGGCCAUAUUUGCUCCCAAUCCAUCCUUCAUUUUCCGCAUGGCGGAGCAACAAGCCAUGGAACUUAAAGGGCAGCAACUCCUGCCUGACGACGACACAGAGGAGAGAGAGAUCAUCAUCUCGGCUGACUUCACGGGUGCCAUCAAGGUCAUCACAAAUAGGCCAGCUCGCCACUGAUACCUACAGAGUGAUAAAGAGAUGUUGUGCUGGCCAGUGCGGGGUGUAUGUGUGUGUGUCUGUGUGUGGAAUAGGCCAGUGUCAUGUGUGUGUGUGUGUGUGUAUGCGUGUGUGUGUGUGAGUGUGUGUGUGUGUGUGUGUGUGUUUUGCCCAGGCCAGUGCCAUGUCCCAGUGACUUGUGUUCUUGUGAAGAACCUGAACAAUAUUUGAAACCAGUCAAAACUUGCCUCAUGUAACUGAAUUUUAAAAAAUACAACACAACACACACUUACUCACACACACUCAGACAUACUACAUACCAGAAGUUAAAGUUUCAAAGUAGUUGUAUUUCAAAUUUAUCUGUUCCAUAUGUGGAUGUCCCCUGAAAAUUUAGGUAACAUUCUUGUUAAUUGGCUGCAACCCAUGCCUGACAGAUUAAAAACCGAAAUGCCUUGACAGAGUCAAUCACAAUAACAUAUGAGGUCUGCCCCAGAAGUAAGUUUCCGUGUUCUAUAAAAUCAAGAAUUUUUAUUUUGCAGACAUUAAAUUUUGUAUGUACGUAUAAAAACAUUUUUCUAUCAUCAUUACAGCCGUUUAUCUCAGUUCUCUUUUUUUCUUCUGAAUUAGCCAGCAUUCAAAUACAGUUACCAUUUCCUUUUCGAUCAGAGCCCUCAGUGCAGCAUUUGUUUCAAGCACAAUUUCUUCCUCAUCUUCAAAUUGCUGCCCCCUUAGUCCUUUGAUUUUAGUGAAGAAAUGAAAGUGGCAUUGUGCUAAGUCUGGGGAAUAGUGAGAAUGUUCAUGGAUCCUAUUGCCAGGAGUCCAGGAGAUAAAGGUCACCUUUCGUGCAGUAUGCAUAGGAGCGUUGUCAAGAUGGAAAACAACACCUUGCUCAAGCAGACCCGGCCGCUUUCUUCUGAUUACUGGUCUCGGCUUUGUUUGAAGAACCAUCGUGUAAUAGUAAGCAUUGACUGUUGUGUCAACCAAAACUGGCUAGUAAAAAACCACAAAUUUGUGAUUAAAAAACAUGCUUUGCAUCCCGUUCAAAGCACCUUGCUUGUGUCAAGCUUUUUUUUUAGGUCAUUGCAAUCUUGGGUGUCUCCAUUCUGCUUAUUACCUUUCCUGUUCAGGAUCCCAUGAAUACACACAUGUUUCAUCACCUGUUAUGAUUCUUCUUUAAAAAAUAUGUCCAUUUUUUCCAAUCGACUUUCAAUUCUUCACCAAAAUCAAAGGACGACUAAGCGGAAAGCGAUGUGAAGUCGAGGAAGAAAUAGUGCCGGAAACAAAUCGUCGCCUAUCACACCAAAGGGCGUAUCCCUGUUUUCUUACUUUUUCAGGAGAGCGAUUUAAAGAUUUUCAGACUUUGAUUGCUUCAUCCUUUUCCCUUGUCAUUUUAGUAAAUUGCAUCCUACCAUCGGGAUAUUUGGAUAUUGUGGGCAUGAUAAGAUAUCAAACAAUGAACAAGAUUGAUUUUGCAGUGUUUUAUAUAAUUUCACUGCGAAAAUGUGCCAUCUGUUGGCAUACGCCCUUUCGUGUGAUUGUUCUAUUUUUCGUCCUGUCCAGAAUCAGUGUAUACGCCCUGUGUUUGAGUGUCCACACAAUUAAUUUCAGUCUUCAGACUGACCAGUAGAGGAUAAAAUUUCUCCAAGAUAUUACUCCUCACUUCCCCAUGCACCCGCCAAAUCUUCCUCUUUCUCUUCUCCUCCCCAUACCUCUCUGUCUCAUCACCUCCUACAUCACUAUCGGAAAGUACUGACAGUUCCCCAUCAAACUUUUCCAGGGCUUUUGAAGCAGAAAAACGUUGUGACGGGCGGGAACCUGAUGGGUUAUCAGCCAUUUUUCCGUUGCUAUGCGUGUAAACUAAUUCGAACAACACAGGGCAGGUAAAAAAAAACAAGAAAAAAUGCCCAAAAAACCAGCAGAAUAAAACACAAAAGGCACCAAAUUCUUUCACGGGUUGACUGAUGUAUGGUAAGCAGAGCAGUUAAAAACAUGAAACGGAAAGGUUGAGUCAAAUUGUGGAA